AUUCAGAGUCUGUAUAGAGAAUUUGGGGUUUGAAUAAUUCCUGCAAUGACCGAUAGAUUUGCAGUUGAUAAAAUUAUUUUUCAUGAUGUAAUUGGAAUGCUGUGUUCGUCUUUUCACAGAGUUUACGUGUCAGCCACGCUACUUUGCCAUUUGUAAUGCCUAAUUGGCCGGAAAUAGCAGGUUACAAUCACGCAUUCUUUGCCAUGGAGAUUUCUUGGCUUUACUACUUUGUUUCUGGUCUACAUUUGGAUUAAGGUACAAAUUAUACCUGUCUUCCUGCCCGCAAACUUGUACAAUUAUUCCUGUAACAGUCAUGCAUUUCUGCUGCGUGGAAGAAAUGUACAACUGGAGGGAUUGUAAUAUGUUGUUUAUAAAUAGAUGCCCUAUAGCCAGAAGUUUGUUGAUUUGCAGAGAUGGAGGCAACCCAAGUAAGCUUGGGAGGAUUCGGACAAGAUUUAAGUGCCAAGGAACUCACAGAAUACUUAGAAGACAGUGUAGGAAUGUUGUGGAGAUGCAGAUUAAAGACAUCAUGGACUCCUCCAUACUCAUUCCCAAACUUCACAAAAACCAAUGGGGAGUCUUCAAUUCAGAAUAAAGCCAAGGUGCCUCCUCAUGCCUUUGUUCACUUUGCGUCUCCAGGGUCUGUCAAUGAGGUCAUUAAGCUUGUCGAAAGGGGAAGGCUUAUGUUCAAAACCCAUGCUCUCAAGGUCAAUUUUGGUAAUGGCACCUCAUUUAGAAGAAUUAAAAGAACAAUCGAGCCACUUAGGUUUUCUGAUGUUAAAUUAGAAAUCGGUUCAAUGUAUAGUCCUGAUCAGUUUUGGGUUGCCUGGCGAGCAGCCACUUCUGGGGUGGAUUUUCAUGUAGACCCAUUUGACAGAAGAUGUAGGAUUUUAUUUACUCGUGAUCAGGUUUUUACUCUGGGUGAAGGUUGCCACAGGGACAGGGAUACGGUCAUAAAAUGUGAAUUUAAGAUCGAGUUUCUUGUGAGAGAUAUUAGGGAUGCGAGGUUUCUUAAUGAGAGGGGGACUUUGGUUAUGCUGCUGCAGCUUUGGGUGCCUCCAUGGAUAUUUUAUAGGACUGCAGAUGAUGAUAUCUAUGUACGUGAUCCUUUUGCUCUGUUAGAUGAUGAUGAUCCCUGGAUUAGAACCUUGGACUUUACUCCUAACAAUGCCCUUGGCAGGUGUUUGGUAUACAAGAUUUCACUAUCUCCUCGUAUGGGUCACACCAUGGAAAAAGCCAAAGCAUAUUUUAAACAGCACCGUUUGGUGGAUGAAAAAUUUCUGAGACUGAGGACUCUGAAUGAACAUCCUGUUGCUAUAGAGGGAUUCUUUUUGGUCCUUCCUCCUGAUGGAGAAAUUCACUUUGAUACCAUGUACCUCCUAAAUGCUCUUGUGCAUAAGGGCAUUGUCAAUUACCAUAGAUUAACCCCUGAGGUCUAUGCUAUGUUGAAGCCCUCUGUCACACCCACUGAGCUGUCCACAAUGGCACUGAGGCACAUACUUGCCUACACCAAUCCUAUUUAUGAUGCAUUCACAAGACUUAAAUCUGUGAUUGGUUGGAUAUCAAGAACCCCAGAGCUUCCGAAAAGCCCAAAGAUUGCAGAGGAAACAGUUGAAGUAAGGAGAUUGAUUAUCACUCCUACAAAAGCCUACUGUCUUCCUCCAGAAGUAGAGCUCUCAAACCGAGUCAUAAGGCACUUCAAGAGGUAUGCAGAUAGAUUUCUGCGUGUAACAUUCAUGGAUGAUAGCAUGGAACCCAUGUCCUCUGGGGCAUUAACAGUGCAUAUAGCACCUAUUGUUAAACAGGUUUCCUUUGGUUCUCCUGCACAUAGGACUGCUAUUUAUAGGCGAGUGAAGCAAAUAAUGCAUAGUGGCUUUGAGCUGUGUGGACGUAAAUAUUCAUUUCUUGCAUUUUCUGCUAAUCAGUUGAGAGACCGUUCUGCAUGGUUCUUUGCAAAUGCAGAAGAUAUUGAAGUUCAACAAAUUAAGAGCUGGAUGGGGAUAUUUCCUAAAUAUAAUGUAGCCAAGCAUGCUGCAAGAAUGGGUCAAUGCUUCUCCUCAACCUAUUGCACAGUACAGGUACCAAAAGAACAGGUUAAAAACAUUCCAGACAUUGUAAGGAAUAGCUAUGAAUUCUCAGAUGGUAUAGGAAAGAUCACUCCAGAUCUUGCCACGGAAGUUGCUCAGAAAUUACAGUUGAACAUCAACCCUCCAUCAGCCUACCAGAUUCGAUAUGGUGGCUACAAAGGUGUGGUUGCAACGUGGGAAGGUGAGCGCAACUAUAAGCUCUCCUUAAGGCCUAGCAUGAGAAAGUUUGAAUCUCGACAUGACAUGCUUGAAAUAAUCACUUGGACACGCUUCCUACCUUGUUUUCUGAACAGGCAGAUAAUUACAUUGCUAUCAGCUCUGUCAGUUCCUGACAGUGCUUUCAAUGAACUACAAGACUCAAUGAUGCAUAAGCUUAGUCAAAUGGUUGAAAAUGUUGAAGUGGCAUUUGACAUAUUAACAACAUCCUGCACAGGAGAUCUACAAAGCACUGCUACUCUAAUGCUAAGGGCUGGUUUUAAACCUCAAACAGAACCACAUCUCAAAGAUACGCUUUCUUCCAUAAGAGCUGUCCAGUUAGAAGAACUGCUGAAGAAGUGUAGGAUUUUUGUCCCUGAUGGUAGAUGGUUAAUGGGCUGUCUGGAUGAAAUAGGGGAGCUGGAAUAUGGCCAGUGCUUUAUAAAGGUUUCAAAUAUUCCGGUGGAUGGCUGCAUUCUCAAAAACGGUUCAAGCUUUGGAGAAAGGAGGACAAGUACAACAGUAAUUAAAGGAAAGGUUAUUGUAGCUAAGAAUCCUUGCUUACAUCCUGGUGAUAUUCGAAUUUUAGAAGCAGUUGAUGCUUCUGGACUGCAUCAUUUAGUAGAUUGUUUGGUUUUUCCCCAGAAGGGCCUCAGGCCUCAUCCUAAUGAAGCUUCGGGAAGUGACCUUGAUGGAGAUAUCUACUUUGUUUCCUGGGACUCUAGGCUCAUACCACCAAGUGGUGAGAGUUGUGAACCAAUGGAUUAUGAUCCAGGUCAACUAAAAGAAUCAACUGAGCCUGUGAAAACAGAGGAUGUAAUUGAAUUUUUUGUGCAACACAUGGUCAACGAUAGUUUGGGAGUUAUUUGUAAUGCACAUGUUGUUCUGGCAGAUCUAAGCGAUUGUGGCGCACUGGAUGAAGAUUGUCUUAAACUUGCUGAGCUGGCGGCCAUGGCUGUAGACUUUCCUAAAACUGGAAAGGUAGCAGUGAUGCCACAAUAUCUGAAACCCAAGCAAUAUCCAGAUUUUAUGGACAAAGAGGUAUGGGUUUCUUAUAAAUCAGAGAAGAUUUUAGGCAAAUUGUAUCGAAAAGUGAAGGAUAUGUUUGGAGAAGAGAUUGAGAAACAAAAAUGCUUUGCUGAAAUGGAAACAUUGCCUUACGAUAAUGAUUUAGAAGUCAAUGGAUUUGAAGAAUAUAUUGAAGAAGCUUGGGAAUGCAAAUGUUCAUAUGAUCAACAACUUCAGGCUUUGUUAGGCCAGUUCAGUGUUAAGAAAGAGGGGGAAGUAGUCACUGGAAAUAUCUCUUCCCUUUCCAAAUAUAGUAGCCGGCGACAGGGUGAAAUCAAGGAGAGAUUGCAGCACGCAUACAGGUCUUUGAGAAAGGAGUUUAGGUUGAUUUUUGAGGGAUCAAAAGACUCUCAAAAUCUGGAGUCUUGUGAACAGGCCAAGUAUGUAGCCAAAGCAUCUGCAUGGUACCAUGUAACCUAUCAUUCAACAUGGGUGCAGAAGAAUGCUGAAAACUUAACAGAACCAGGUGGUUAUCCCAGUGCUCCACUUUUGAGUUUUGCAUGGAUUGCUGUUGAUUAUUUAGCCCAAAUAAAGUUGCGGAAAUUCAGGCCAGAUGUGGUAAACUUUGGCAGUCAGAUCAUUUCCGAAAGUUCUGGUUGGUAAGUCAGAAUUUAAAAAUAAUUAGUCCUUUCACCAUUUUGAGUAUCAUUGGUCAUAUCGGCAUAUUAGUUUUGAGUAACUAAGUCAAUGUUCUGCCAAUAUUGGUGGAAAAGCAUGGGAAUGUUUUAUAUAAAUAACAGUGUUUCUCCAAAUUUCAAGGACUGGGGAAUGGGUUUCUGGAGACUGAAAAAUUUGCAAAAUUUUGAGAGCAA